AUGGCAAUGCUCAAGAACAAACACAUAACCUUCUCAUUGAUUUUGGUGUGUCUCAUUGUGUUGUCUCCAAUGGCUAAUGCUCAGAUUCUUAGUGGUCUUCUUAGUGUACUUCCUGUGCCUGGUGGUGGUGGGCUUGGCAUUCCCAAUCUUGUCAAUGUCCAAGCAGGGGUUCUCUUUUGCACUAUCAAUGGCACUUCCGCUGGGACUUCUGCUCUUCCUUUCGCUAAUGCGGGGGUUCAGCUCCAGUGCGGAAGUCAGAACAUAGUCGUUGCAAAUACGACUACAAACAGUGCCGGAAUAAUCGCUUUUCCUUCGACCGUACUUCAGAUGUUACUUCCGACAUUCCUCUCUAAUUGUCGGCUCGUCGUCACGACCCCUCUCGCCACCUGCAACCCCAGUCUCCCUCUCGGCAGCCUCGUCUCACCGUUAGCCUUCGUCUCUAACACCGUCCUUAACCUCGUCAGUGUCGUCCCUACCGGCUUUAACCUAACCACUAACUGA